CGUUUUUUUUUUUUGUGCCUUUUUCGUCAUUGUUUCCUCCUUCCCUAUAAUAUUCUUGCCUCUGACUCUUUCAUUCUGAUAAUUCCUUCCGUUGUUCAUAUUCUCCAUUUCCUCUGCUUAUUUCUUUCCUUUCAGCUUCUCCUUUGGAGAUCUGAUCUCAAGUAAAUUAGAAUUCUCAAGAAAUCAAACAGAUCGAGAGAUUACAAAAGAAAAAAAGGAUGGUGGAGGAGCAUAGAUGCCAACAGCCGGAAGGCCACCGUCUUUGCGUUAAUAACUGCGGCUUUUUCGGUAGUCCGGCGACGAUGAAUCUUUGCUCUAAAUGUUACAGAGAUUUCCGUCUUAAGGAACAACAAGGAGCUUCUUCGAUCAAAUCAUCUCUUUCUUCAUCUCAUUCGUCUUCGUCAACUGUCGUUGAAUCUGUUUCUCAGGUUCCUCUAUUGAAUCUCCAUGAAGUCAACAGAGAAUCAACGGUUCCGGCUGUCGAGAUUGCUAUGGCGUCUGAGCAGCGGCCGCAGCAACAACCGAGUCGGUGCAUGUUUUGCGGGAAGAGGGUCGGUUUGACCGGGUUUAAGUGUAGGUGCGGGAUUACGUUUUGCGGGUCCCACAGGUACCCAGAGAAUCACGGAUGUUCGUUCGAUUUCAAGAAGGUUGGGAGAGAGGAGAUCGCACGCGCUAAUCCGGUGGUCAAAGCAGAGAAGCUCCAGAAGAUUUGAGAAGAAGAUGCCAAGCCAUUUGAUCCUUUCAGCUUUGAUGAGAAAAACUGGAAAUUGUCACAUCAUGACACGUGUUUCACGGUGGUCCCACCAUCGAAUUAGAAAAGCCAUUGGGCUGGAUAAAAAUAUUUUCUUCUCAUAAAAUAAGUCUUUUUUUAAAAUAUUUUAAUUUACGUAUCUCUUAGUCUUUCUUUUUUCCUCUUUGCUAUGUAAAAAAAGUUACUAUUUUUUUUUUUACUUUUACUCUUUUUUAUCUUGGGGUGGAAAAUAAAAAGAAAAAAAAAAGUCAAUUCCGUGUAGAUUCUUGGUUCUUCUUAUUCGAAGCUAUUUUAAAAUUAUUGGUAUGUAACUGUGCUGGCAGCUUGAAAGCUAUUUCUCCUUGAAUGUUGUCUUUAUUUGAUUGGCCCUUUCCUUCAAAAAAAAAAUU